AUGUGUUCAACAGCUCCGGCCAACAGCCUCUUCGGGGGCGCGUCCUUCUCCUUGCCCUAUCAUACCCUCGAUGGAGCUGUCAUCGCUAGCAAGAUGGCUUCUUCCACCAUGGUGGUCACGGAAUCGGUGACUGAGAUCACAGAAGUGACGGAGCCAACAGAGGAAGUGGCUCAGUUGAUUUCAGCGCCGACCAUUUAUCUCGAUGACAGCGGCGACCUGAGACUCUCCGUCGGCGGCGACGUUGAAGAACACCCACAAGAUUUCGUCGUCUGCUCAAGGGCCCUUGGCCGAAGCUCUCCUGUGCUGAAGGCCAUGCUAUUUGGUCGCUUCCUUGAGGCUCGUCCGGUAGAGGGUGCUGGAGAGUGGGCCGUCGACCUGCCCGAAGACUCACCAGAAGCAAUGGAAAUCGUACUAAACAUUGUUCAUGGCCACUUCAACCUCGUCCCGGAGAAGCUACCAUUGAUGCGUCUCUACAACGUCCUCACAAUCACGGAGAAGUACGACAUGACCGUCAUCGUUCGCCCAUGGGCGCGCUCGUGGAUGCAGGGCGUCAAGCACCAGACCGACAAUGCGUAUCUGCUAUGCGUUGCUUGGGAGCUGGGAGACACGGAAGUCUUUGAGACAAUGUACAAGAAAAUCACCUACGAGUCAAUGAUUGACCUCCAAGGAAGGAUCGUAUUUGGACACUUGGCACGCAUCUGGAAACCUGGGCCAGAGGGAUACAAUUUUCCUCUCGAAAAGAUUGUCUACCUUCGGCCCCCGGAAGUCUUCGAAACCAUCGCCAAGCACCGCCAAACAUUGGUCUCGGCCUACUUGGACCACUUCGUCCUUCUUUACCGAUGUCUCAAAGACGGAUGCAGAUACAUGAAAGGAUACUACCACAGCUCACCAGACGCCGAGGAGUGCAACAGUAUGCUUCUCGGGUCACUAGUGAGGUGUCUCGCCAAGGGAAAGGUCGACAUUACCCUCCCGAGCCCUUGUGAAUCGUACAGAGGAAAUAUGGAAUCGUUGGAGAAGGCCAUUGGCGCCGUCAAGCUCUUGACAGUGCACAAGCCAUCUCCAGCAAACCAAUGUUUGAAGAGGAUAGAAGAGGAGCUGGCAAAGGGCGCAGUUGCCGCCGGCGUAACAAAAACGGAGUUGGUUGUCAUUCAACCGGAGCAUCGGGGAUAUCUGGAAAAGCAAGCUAGCAAGACCGGAGUUGUCAUGGCUGGAUAA